AUGCCCACUCACUCUGAUCCAAGAAGCCAGCAGUUGCUCACUCACAUAAACUGGAAGCAGAGAAAAAACAAAAAAGCACGUGAAGGUGAAAACAAAAUAAAAAUAAGAAUGAGGAGUAAUGAAGAAGAGGAAGCAAAGAAUCCUUGUGAGAGAGAAAAGCAGAAGAAGAUGGAAUCAAAGAGAAAAAGGGCAUGUUUUGCAUACGUACUUCCCAUACACGGCAAUGCACUCAGUCAAUUCAUUCACAUUGCGGUGAUCAGUGAUCUAACGAAUACGUUCGGGAAUGCUGAUUUAUUGAAGAACAAACCUGAGUGA